AGAGAGAGAGAGAGAGAGAGAGAGAAAGGGAGAGAGGGGGACUCUGAGGGAAAGAAAACAAUUUCUCCUGCUCUGCAGCUUCUAUUCAGGGGACAUGCUCCAGAUUCAUUCCCAGAGUUUCUGAAUUUCUUCUGCAUUGCACACAGGAAUAUCACCUUUGAGAACAGAAUGUUAAUGCUUGAUGGGAUGCCGGCAGUCAGAGUCAAAACAGAAAUCCUGGAAUCUGAACAAGGGUCUCCAAACGUCCACAACUACCCAGAUAUGGAAGCUGUUCCCCUGUUGCUAAAUAAUGUGAAAGGGGAGCCCCCGGAGGACUCGUUAUCAGUAGAUCACUUCCAAACACAAACUGAGCCAGUGGACUUGUCAAUCAACAAAGCCAGGACAUCCCCCACAGCUGUUUCAUCCUUCCCUGUUUCCAUGACAGCGUCUGCGUCCUCACCUUCUUCUACUUCAACCUCUUCCUCAUCUUCUAGUCGUCCAGCCUCAUCCCCAACCGUUAUAACAUCAGUAUCUUCAGCAUCCUCUUCGUCAACAGUAUUAACUCCAGGGCCCCUUGUUGCCUCAGCCUCUGGCGUGGGAGGCCAGCAGUUUUUGCACAUAAUCCAUCCCGUACCGCCUUCAAGUCCCAUGAAUUUACAGUCUAACAAACUAAGUCAUGUUCACCGCAUCCCUGUGGUGGUUCAGUCGGUGCCUGUAGUCUACACAGCUGUGCGGUCGCCUGGAAAUGUGAACAACACUAUUGUCGUGCCCCUUUUGGAGGACGGGAGAAGCCAUGGCAAAGCACAAAUGGACCCCCGAGGCCUAUCUCCCAGACAAAGUAAAAGUGACAGUGAUGAUGAUGACCUGCCAAAUGUGACCUUAGAUAGCGUUAAUGAAACUGGAUCUACGGCCCUUUCCAUAGCCAGAGCAGUGCAAGAGGUACAUCCAUCCCCAGUAUCAAGAGUUCGGGGAAACCGAAUGAAUAAUCAGAAGUUUGCUUGUUCAAUUUCACCAUUUAGUAUUGAGAGCACAAGACGCCAGAGACGGUCUGAAUCACCCGAUUCCAGAAAACGGCGUAUCCACAGAUGUGAUUUUGAGGGAUGCAACAAAGUGUACACAAAGAGUUCUCAUCUGAAGGCUCAUCGAAGGACACACACAGGAGAGAAACCCUAUAAGUGUACCUGGGAGGGCUGCACUUGGAAGUUUGCUCGAUCGGAUGAACUGACAAGGCAUUACCGCAAACACACGGGAGUGAAGCCAUUCAAGUGCGCGGACUGUGAUCGCAGCUUUUCCCGCUCAGAUCACUUGGCACUGCACCGCAGGAGGCAUAUGCUGGUGUGAGGAAUGCUACCUGUCCAGCCGAGUGUAAGAGCUGGAUCUCUUAGCAGCACCUAAAUCAGCAGGGCUGAAUCCUCUCCACAGUGUUAACACAAAUAACGGGCACCACAAGCCCAUGACGUCUGAAACCAGAGUGGGGAAACAAAAGAAGUCACACUUCUCAUUUUGGUCUGAAGGUAAAAAAAAAAAAAAAAAAAAACAAACCCAAAACCCGACUCCACGAGAAAGUCUCCACGCUGGCCUGGGAGAUCGGUGACACAAACGCUGAAGAGACAGGCAUUGUUUUUUUCCAUGCUGUGUCCUCUGCCAUUUGCAGGUGUUUGUAGCUUGUACAUUUUCUGAGCGGUCAGACAUUUUCUUAUUGCUCCUUUCAAAGGUCGGUGGCCACACAGGGAUGAUGGUUCAUACAAGACCUUCUUAAAUUUGGAUUCUCCCAUCCUCCACCCCUUCACCCCCCUUUGCCCCAGCAAUUUUAGUUACCAUCUGAGUAAGCUAGAACACAAAUCCCACCUGUUACCAACAAGCAUACAAAGAGAAGAAGCUGUUGGAGAGAGGUUCCAUUACCUGCACAUCAAGGGACCUGCAGGCUGCCCUUUGCCAUAGUCAUGGCGGCCCCUAGAUUCCCACUCACAACUUGUCAUUAUGCCAUGCCCGAAGAGAACCAACAUUGACUCUUUCAUUUGUUUGUUGUUGUUUUUAUGUUUUGUUUUGUUUGGAUUCUGUUUCGUUCAUCUGUUCACGCAGAGGGGCAGUGACAUUUCGGUUGAAGUCUUGUCCGGGUGUCUGCCCUGGCAUGGACGGGCCCGGAGCUGUUGUGUUGUUGAAUAGGAAGAGCCUGUCUUAAAAAACUACUGCCCCACUUCAAAUUGCAGUGUUCUGUCACCUAGGCAUCAUUUCUGCCUGCCCCUAGUAUUUGAUUACAAGGAAUCAGGGGAGAAAAAAAAAACUUCCUUAGACUCACUGGCACCAAGGGACGAGGUGGGGCUGCCCAGGCAAAGUCAGUGAACAUGAAAAAAAAAAAAAAAUCAGACAAAGCAGAGAUGGAAAUAAUGCGCCUCCUGAGGAGAAAAGCAAUAAUGAAUAAAAGGACUUUCCUACAAUAACUUCACUGAGGAGUCACGUUACCAAUUUUCAUACUUACUAAAGGGAUUGUAAAAAACACCCCAGCAUUUUAGAUGUCUUGGUUACGUUCACAGCACUGAGGUAAUCUUUCUGCUGUUCGUUGUCCUGCUUAGUUGAGUACCCCAAUUAGAGAUUAUGCCCCCACUUCUUUUGUUUGAAAACAGUUAUUUGGUGACUGGAAAGAUCAGGGAAGCAGGGCAGGGAAUUAAGUCUUGGUUUAAUGGGUCAGUUCUCCUUGGCACUGAGUCUGUGGAAAGGGAAUGCUCCCUGAGGAAACCCUGACAUGGUGCUAGUUUCCUCACAGGGAGGGCUGCCGAUGAAGACUCUCUCUCUCACAGGUUCUUUUCUAGAGACGCCAUUUUCCAAACUGU